AUGGAGCAGACUUGCAUGACCAUCCACAAUCUUUCUCCCCAAGCCAAUAUUCUCUUCGCAUCCGAGUCCAUCGUUGACAUUCUCGGCUACCACCCUCAUGAGAUCCAGGACAGAUCCUGCUUCGAAUACUUCCACCCCGACGAGGUCACCUUCGCUCGCUCCGUCCACAGCCGCGGCGUCCAGCUUGACAAGGUCGCUGUCCAUCAUUAUGCUCGCAUAUUGUCACGCGACGGCCAAUGGGUGAGCUGCGAGUGCUGCUUCACUGUUGUCCAGGAUGUCUUGGUUGCUUGUACAAGUGUGUACCGCAGAGGCGAGAAGAGCGAGAGACGUGCCAUUGAAGCGCGUCAGAUCCGACGUCAGUUUUCGAACUCCCCUCGCGAUCCUCGAUACCACAUGCUCGAGUACCUGUCGCCCAAGUUCCGGACGCAGUCAACCGAGCGGGAACCCCGAGCAGCUCUCAUAGUCAACCGAUUCACCAGAACCCUAACGGUCAUGUUCGCAACGAACGCUGUGUCCACCAUUCUCGGCGUUCGCCCCGACCAGAUGAGGGACAAGAGCUUCUACGAAUGCAUCCAGGAGAAUUGCCUGCCCGACGCCAUCCGAUGCUUAGAGCGCGCCAAGGCCAACGAUUCGAUUGCUUACUUGCGCUUCUGGUAUCGGGACCCCCGCCGAGAGGAAGACUUUGACGAGGAGGAAGACGAGGAGGAAGACGACGAGGAUGAGGAUGGGCGCCGAAGCAUCAACUCAGGCGAUUCAGAAUGUGGUGAUGCUCAGCUAUACAGUCACAUGGACAUUGAUGUCAACCCCUCUAGCCCCAAGAUCAAACUGGAGCACGAGGACUCCCAUCAGUCCAUGUCCAGCAUCAGUUCCGCUUUCAACGGAGUCGCCAUGGAGUCUGGCUCGAGCGGCGGCGUCUACCAGACUCCUCCCAGCGCCGGCUCUCGCACCGGACCAGGCCGUCCUGUCCCUGAAUCCGGCCGCAUGCCUCGUGCUCGAAGGAGACGAGCACCUGUACCCCCCUUGGAGCUUGAGGCUGUCGUCUCGUUUUUGAGGGCGGCCUCUUCGCCGCUCCCUGGGCCAGCAACCCAUUCGCCCAGAGUACCGACUGGGGCUCAAUACAACUUCCAGUUGCCUUACGCGACGCAGCAGCCAUCCCAAUACGGUGGCACUGUCAAGGCCGCCGACGGCCCGCCUCUGGAUCCACUUAUGAGCUCGAUUCGAGGCGUUGCCGUCUUGGCGUGGGCUCUCAUUGGCAUCGACGGGAACCUCGCGACGUACACUCGUGGCCUGCCUCAGGGCAAGGCUCAACCUCCAGAUGGAAUACCCAUCUAG